AUGGCCAAGAUCAUGGACCGCGCCCAGCGGCAGGUAAUAAAGGAAAAGCUGGCGAGCUUCGAUCUUCUGAAGGACCUUCCUCUUGCAGCCAAAGAGGAGCUUGUGAGCGUUGUUGAGCAGGUGCACUACCCUCAGGGUAGCGUACUGUUCUAUGAGGGGGAGUCCUCCUUUGACUUGUACCUCGUCCUCGAUGGAGAGGUCAAAGUGCACAAAAAAUCGCCUGCUGAGGAGCAGGAUGAGGGGGCUCCAGCUACUGGGCGGACGACCUUGGGCCGCAAGAUGUCGCUCGUCGUUCCAGACGAGGAGGAGCAAUAUGGUCGCUGCAUCGGCACCAUGGGCGCGGGCCAGGCUGUGGGUGUGGUGGCCCUGAUGCAGAGCCAGCCUCGCCUUGCCACGGCACUGUGUUCGCAACCGAGCGAGAUGAUCCUGAUCAGGAAGCCGGAGUUCACGCGGCUCAUCAAGGAGCCGAUGAGCCGAGACUGGGUAGAGAAAGACAGGUUCUUGCAGGAUCACCUCGUUGGCAUCCGGGAACAUGCGAAGAGCUUUGUGCCCAUCACUGGCAAGUCGCAUGCGACGCACAUGUUCGUCAAGAAGAAGUACCCUCCGGGACACGUGUUUCUGCAUGAGGGUCAAGUGGCAGAGGGCGCCCUCUACGUCGUUUUCCAGGGCUCCGUGGAGUUCUUCCGGGCUGCGUCAGGCACUGGCGCCAGACUCCGGGAAGCUUGGAAGAAUCCCGUAAUGGAGCAGCGCAAGCCCCUGGGCCUCCUUCAGCCGACGAGCAGUGGCAUCCUCGCCCGUGAGUACCGGCUCUGUGCCAUGCUGUCUGGCGGCCUCUUUAGCUCUGCCAGUGUCGUCGGCACUGGGGAGAAAGCGAUGGAGGAGUUCUCUGUCAUUGCAGGACCGAAGGGCUGCGAGGUCUUCGAAUCUGUCGGAGACAACUUUCAGAAGCUCCCAUUGAAGGCAGGGCAAUAA